GUCUCUGUCUCUCUCAUGUGGUGCGGGCUUGAUGCCGAGGCGUCAUUGAGCCCCACAGCUCGGUAGUUUUAGUUGCUGCGUGUGUUUCUCACUGUCACACACACGAAGGUACAACCUGCGUUCGCCCUGUUCUACUGCGGCAUCCAUCCUGGACCGUCAGCAUCGCGUUUGUGGGAAGUACAUUACCGGGACGCCAAUUGUGAUACUUCAGUUUUGUUUAUUGGUUUUUCAUUAUUAUUUGUUUGCUUUUGCAGUUUUAUUUAUUUCGUUUGACUUCGAGAUGUGAAGCGACGUGAUUCGCACAACAUUUUAACCCCGAAUAGUUUCCAUUGAACUUGACCGAAAGAAGGAAAUCAAACAUAAAAUAAAGAUGAACCCUCAGUGCGCACGCUGUGGAAAAAUUGUCUACCCGACUGAAAAAGUGAACUGCCUGGAUAAGAACUGGCACAAAGGAUGCUUCCACUGUGAAGUGUGCAAAAUGACCCUCAACAUGAAGAACUACAAAGGCUACGAGAAGAAGCCCUACUGCAAUGCGCACUAUCCGAAGCAGUCGUUCACCAUCGUCGCAGACACCCCAGAGAACCUGCGUCUGAAGCACCAGAGCGAGCUGCAGAGCCAGGUGAAGUACAAGAAGGACUUUGAAGAGAGCAAAGGCCGAGGAUUCAGCAUCGUGUCAGACACCCCAGAGCUUCAGAGACUGAGGAAAACCCAGGAACAAAUCAGUAACGCAAAGUACCACGAGGAUUUUGAGAGGACGCGGGGGCGAGGGUUUGUGCCUGGGAUGGAUGAGCCCAGUUUUGAGCGGGUACGGAGGAACCAUCAGAUGACCAGCGACCCAUACAGAGGGAUGCACUCACACAUGGUGGAGGUGGAGCGAAGGCCUGGGGUUAUUGUUGCCCCUGUGCUACCUGGAGCAUACCAUCCCAGCACACACCCACAGGGGUAUGGCUACAUGCACCAGACCAGCAUGUCUUCUAUGAGAUCUGUGCAGUCCCCCCCACACCCUACCCCCAUGCAGAGAGUGUACAGAGCCAUUUACGACUAUGCAGCACAGGAUCACGACGAGGUGUCCUUCAGGGACGGUGACAUCAUCCUGAAUGUGCAGCCCAUCGACGAGGGCUGGAUGUAUGGCACUGUGCAGAGGACGGGCAAAUCUGGCAUGCUCCCAGCCAACUACAUAGAGAGCAUCAACUAGAACGGGCCCCCUGGAACUGUCCCACGGGGUCACGUGGUCCUGGUGGGGAGGUGUAGCAGGAACUUUUAUUCUGAAGAUAAUAUACCAAGCACACUUAUCUGUCUUCUUUGCAAUGCCCAUCUAUGUAUCUUUAGAAGCACAUACUACACCCCUCCAUAACCAGAGAUGAGAAUAGUACCCACCUGCCCCAUCUUUUUUUACAUGCAUGGUGUUGCUUCAUACAGCAACACUAAGCUUUUGAGUUUCUUUUUCAUAAAUGUCCCUUCAUGCUGUACAGUAGCCGUCUGCCAUCUCCUUUAACACACACUGCUUUGUGUAAUUUCCCAUCAGUAACUGGACAGACACAUUUGUGCUAGCCUGUUCCACAAGUGUUAUCUGUGGCGGUUGAUGGUUGAUGUCACUUCCUGCUGUGAGCUUAUAAUUUUUCCAUGCUGAGAUUUGGGCACUUGCUGAGUGUGGACAGAAACAGUCGACUCAGUCCUACACCUUUGUGCACUCCUGUUGAGUGCAUAAUGAGUCUUAAGUGGAAACUCUUCUAUCUUCUGUACGGCUGUUAAGGAUCAGUUAACUUUCUGUACAGUAUACAAUGAACUCUCAUAUUUUGUCACGUGAUGAUAAGACUUUUGUGACAUAAGAGGAAAAAACCUUACCUCUUUCAGCAGUUUUUGAAUUGGGCUUUUAGAAAUUUACAUUUAGGGAACACUGUUUAGAGCAGGGCUGGGUGAGUGUGUAACUGCCUCAGAAAUUUCAAAAUGACACAUUUUGUUUGUGCUUUCACAUCACAAACAGAUGACCUGUGUGGUGGACAGUUAAUUUCCAAAUAGAUGUAGAAACAAAUGAUGUUUACUGUACAAAGUAAUUCAGCCAAAUAAAGCAGUUCUAGGAAGCACAAUGCUGGUUAAAAAAACCCCCCAAAAAACAAAAAGAAACAUUAAGAUACACAUUAUUGCCAUCAGCUUUAUUUAGCAACUAUGCUAUAUACCCUGAACUAACUGUAUAACAGGUUUACAUCAUUUUCAGUAACUAUCAAGGAAUUAAUCAAAAGAAAUUAACAGAGACAGACUUAAGCAUACCGUAAGAAUUUAUAUCCCAUUCCUGUCUAUUCACUGGCAGCUGCAAUGAUCCCUUCCAAUGUUGGGAGUGUAAUCACUGGUCAAAAGUUGAAGUCAAUGAUUAGAAAUCAAGAGCUGUUGCAUACUGUCUGGUGAUGUUUUUUUUGUAUAUUGCAGUGUCCCAUGUAAAGAAAUAAACAGCUUUGUCAACCUUG